UUAAUGCAGAAUAUAUAAAUUGAUUAUCAUGAAAACAAAAUUAACAAAAUGAAAUGGAAUCGUACCGCAAAUAUAAUUCAAGACAUCAUGACUCACGUCAUCACAAGCAUCACAAACAUAAACAUCGUCAUCAUCACUAUAGAUACGAUGAAGAAAAUUAUGAAACGCAUCGUGGUCAUCAGCGACAUCAUAACCGUAGAAGCAGUGAUGAAGAUAGUGAUUAUGAUCAUCACAGGAUUCCAUCAUCAAGAGUUGAAAAACCUCCUUCACCAAUGCACCUUCAACCGAUUCGAAGACCAACUACUCCACCACCACCCCCUCCACCGCCACCACCAGCUGUACAAGUUGUUGAAAAGCCAAGGGAACGUAAUUGGAAACUUAUGGCUGAUCCAUUUCUUGGCAAAGCGACCACAAAAAUUUAUCGAUAUGAUGGUGUCGUACCUAAUGAUUCCUCUUAUCCUGAAUUGAUUGUUCAAGAUCCACGGACAUUCAAAUCAAAAAAUAAAACUAUAACAUUGCCCAUUGAAUUGACCGUACCUAAGUUUAAGCUUGAUAAAAACUACACUGGCCAACGACCUGAAGUUGAAAUAACUUUUUCUAAUUUAAAUGAUAACAUUGAUAAAGUUUUUUUAACUGAUUUGGUGGUCAAAUUUGGGAAAAUAGAUUUAUUACAAAUAUUUUACCAUCCUAUCACCAAGAAACAUUUGGGCUUAGCUAAAAUAAUUUUUGAAGAAGCAGCAUCGGCCAAGUUAUGUGUUCAAAGGUUAAAUGAAACAUCUGUUAUGGGAAAAGUUGUUAAUGUUUUUUUAGAUCCUUUUGCUACAGAAUGUAAACUAAUGUUUGAUAAGAUGACCGAAGAAAAAUUAAAACCUCCACCAGAAGUACUUAAAAUAAAACCACUUCCUUCAUCUAAUCGAGAUCGAAGGUCUGUUAAAUCAGUAAAAUCCAAAGAAGAACCUCCUACUGUGAAACCACAACCAGAAGAAAAAACAGUCCCUCCUAAAAUAGAAAACUAUAAAAAUUAUAAUUAUGACUAUACUACUCCUUCGCCAGCUACCAGUGAUCUUCCAUCAGAACAAAGUUAUAGUAGUGGAUAUAAUAGUAUGAAUGGUACUCCUGGAUAUAAUGGAACCUUCCCCUAUCCCUAUAACAGAUAUCCUGUUCCCCCUGUACCAAGUAAUCAUUGGUGGGGAGAAUCUAGUCCUGUAGCACCUCCACUACCUUCCACACCAGCGCCAACACCAACUCCAGCUCCAGUACCAGCACCAGCACCAGUAUCAGCAUCUAAGUUAGAUUCUGAAGCACAAUCAAAGUUGGAUUUAGAUACAAGAAUUGAAAUGCUUCUUAGUGGCAUGUCUUCUCAAGGUGCUAGUGUAGAACCUGCAUUUUUAUCAAUUGUAAAGAAAGAUUCUGAUGUAUCAGAGACUAUAGAAGAUACCAUUGAUGAUCUGAGUUUAAAUUUACCUCCACCCCCAGGGAUUAACGACAAUCAUUCUGAUUUAGACGAAGAAAAAAAUAGCAAUGAAGAAGAGAUAUUACCUCCACUUUCUUAUCCCCCAUCACCAUUUUUGUCAAAUGAUAUUUAUUUAAAUUGUUUUAAAAAAGCUGCUGAACAAUUAAAAAUUACAAGAGAAAAAGAAAAAUUAGAAGCAAAAAGUUUUUUAAAUAAGUCAAUAAGAAAUGUUAUAAGUAAGACUAUGCAUGAUUCUCUGCAUAGUGAUAUCAGUUCAAGUGAUGAUGAAAUUAUGUUAGGAAAAAGUCCCAAAGGAAAUACUCCUGAUGAUGCAAUGAGUUUGUCUAGUUUAUCAUCUCGUGAUGAAAAAAUUGUUGAAAAUGAUCCUAAUAUUUUAUUACCUCAAUAUCCUCCAUUACCAAAUUAUCAUCCUCAUGGAUAUUACUAUCCACAAACGUUUAAUAAUCAUUAUGGCUAUCAAUAUUUCCCAUAUCCGCCUAAUUAUCCUUAUGGUCCACCAUUGCCAAGACCAAAUUUUUAUGAAUCAGAACCUCCACGCGAUAGACAUGAAAAUAGAAAUUUUCCAGAAGAACUUAAAAAAAAUUUAAUGAAAGCCGUGUUGAUGGAAUUAAGAAUUAUAAUUAAACGUGAUAUAAUGAAGAAAAUGGGAACUACUGUUGCUUUUAAUGCUUUGGAUCAGUGGUGGGAAGAAGCUGAAAGACAGUCAAAAUCAUCGAAUGUUUCUAAUGAAGAGUCUAAAUCUGCUCAACCAGCUCCUAACCUCAAUAGUAUAUUGGAAGCUGGAACAGAAGGCUUAGAAACUUUGGCUCUAAGUGGUUUAGGUCUAGGAUUCCGAGCUGCUAUUCCGAAAAUGCCAUCUUUCCGUAGAAAAAAGAAGGAACCAUCACCAAAGAAAACUAAUGAACAAGAAGAUAAUGGAAGUGAUCAAGAAGAAAUGGUGAUAACUUCAGACAAUGAAGGGAAAGAUAUUGAUGAUGAUGAAGUGACUAGACCUACUUUUGCGGAACGCAAACGUUUAGGAAGGGAGCUGUUUGAUAGUGAUAGUAAUUCUUCUACUUCUGAAUUAUCAGCCCAUAGUUCUUCUUCUGAAGAAUCUAGUGAUGAUAGCUCUAGUAAUGAAGACUCAUGUGAUGGAUUUGUAUGGAAAAAUAAACUUAAAAAAUUAUGUAAAUCAAUGACAAUGGAAGAUUUUGAUAGGGUCAGGGAGUUGACACCUACUGGAAAUGAAACUCCUAUGGAAAUAGAUGCAUUAUCAAGCUCUGAUGAAGAAGGAUCAUUUGUGAAGUAUAAACGUGAUGAUAAAGCUGUGAAACGAAAGAUUGAAGAUAACAAUUUAGAUGAACUCAUUGAAUCCAAAAAACGUUUAUUGAAUGGAGCAAAGGUACCUCCUGAAGAAAAUCAAAGUACAGUAUUUUCAGAUCACUCAUACUGUAUGCCUGAACAGGUGUAUAGUCCACCUCCUAUAUCUGAUUGGGAGACUGAGGUGAAUAUAGCUGAUAGAACUAUGACAAUUCAACCAGUUGGUGAACUAAAAGUACAAGAAGUUUCGCCAAAGAAAUCAAAACUGCCUUUAGCUGUCAGGGACAGUAACAAAAUUGAAAAUAUUGAUCAAUUAACUCUACAGAAGCAUCGUGAUAAUCAAGUUAAAACCAAAUAUUUCAAUAGACGAGAUAUAGUACAAGAGGCAACUGUUCUAUUUGAGUUUCUUACUAAGGGUAUAGAUGUGGAAGAUCUUAACUAUUUGAAACAAAGUUAUGAAUCAUUGUUAUCCAAUGAUACUGUGCACUACUGGUUAAAUGAAACACAUUGGGUCAACCAUACAGUGACUGCAGUACCAAAUCAGCUUCCUCGAAAAAAGAAGAAAGAUGAAUGGAAAGUGCAUGAUACAGGAUGUGCUAGAACGGAAGGAUAUUAUAAAGUAGACAGUAAACAAAAAGCUAACCAUAAGUAUCACUUUGGACAUACAAUAGCCCAAUUAAAUCGUAUUACCGAGCUCAAACGUGUUAAAGAAUCUACUGGCAAGAUGUUGGCUCUUUCUCGUGAAGCACGUAGUAACCAACGACGAUUAUUAACUGCUUUUGGGUCUACAUCAGAUAGUGAUUUGCUCAAAUUUAAUGUUUUAAAAUUUCGUAAGAAGCAACUCAAAUUUGGAAAAUCAGCUAUACAUGAUUGGGGAUUGUUUGCAAUGGAGUCAAUUGCAGCUGAUGAAAUGGUUAUUGAAUAUGUUGGUCAAAUGGUUCGUCCUGUAGUGGCUGAUUUACGUGAACGACAAUAUGAAGCUACAGGCAUAGGUAGCUCAUAUCUGUUCAGAAUAGAUUUAGAUACUAUUAUUGAUGCCACCAAGUGUGGUAACCUGGCAAGAUUUAUUAACCACAGUUGUAAUCCUAAUUGUUAUGCCAAAAUCAUUCAAAUUGAAGGGCAAAAGAAAAUAGUCAUAUAUAGCAAACAACCAAUUGGUGUAAAUGAAGAAAUAACUUAUGAUUAUAAAUUCCCACUCGAAGAAAACAAAAUACCAUGUUUGUGUGGUACACAUUGUUGUCGUGGAACGCUCAACUAGUAGCAGAAUCUUUAUUAUUAAUACAUUUUAAAUAUUGGACAUUAUGUUUGAUAACUAUUCUUUAAAAAUCUUACGCGAUUUUUAUUAAAAUCAAUGCGACUGAUGUACAAUAACUAUUUUGCAUCACUUCAACCAAUAUGAAGCGUUUGCAAUUUUUUGUAUUAUAUUAUGAAAUGUACAUAAAAAAACUGUAAAAUUAUUUAUUA